AUGGCGAGAUUUACUCGUUCAUCUGCUUCUGAAAAUCAUCAAUCGUCUUCACCAAAAUCUCCUCCAACUAGUUCUAAAAAGCGGAAACGGGCAAAUUCGUCGAACAAUGAGCUCGAUGAACAACCAGCAGACAAACUCCAGCGCACACAGUCACUUCCUAUUCCAUCAGUGGGAGAUGUUCCCAUAAAGUCGGAGCAGAGUCAAAAAAUUAUUGACAUUCUUCAAGUAAUUGACUCUCAAGGUUUUCUCGACCGAGUCUUCCCUGUGACCUCCAGUGAAGGUCUGAUCUCUCUGCGAACUCUACUUCAAGAGUCUUCAAAGCAUCAUCUAUCGGAGCUCAGAUCUGCUGUGCACCACCUUUUUCCUGUAUCCCUCAGAAACCCUCGUUCUCGAACGACUAAGCUUGCCUCACAACAACAAGCAUUUUGUAACAUUGCUCUUUCUCUUCUCGAUCAGGCUUCUGUUCAUUCCGUCGAAUUACCCGGCGACCUCGAAACCAUCAUUCCAGAUGACUAUCCCCCUGACAAGCCAUCCUCUUCGACUUCACAUAUACAUCACAAACCUAGAUAUGCUCUGGUCCAGCAUCUUCCAUCAGGCGACUACUGGACCUCACUCAGCUCAGAAUCGUCUUCCUUGGAGCUCAAAGCGCUGCCCAAAGGCUAUUCCGAACUCGUAUCCAUUUUACCUUCUCCCUAUCCAUCUACAUCGACUUCCAAUAUCCCCACGUUAGGCUCUUUUCACAACAGUGUUCUUCCGCCCUCAAAGAACAAGCCACCCUCUGCCAGGCAAAUAUCGUCUGGGUCGUUCCUCGACUACGGAAUCUAUGGUAGUUUUGCUCCUUCUUUUGAUCAAGAGAGCGAGGAACUAGGUAGACAGGAGCUAGGACAGAUCCUAUAUGCUUGGGAAACCAAGAAGAUUCAGAAGGCCAAGCAGCUGAACAGUUGGAUAACUGAAAAGGAGAGAGAGAGGCGAACGAGAAGCGCUUCCCCUGUGGCUGAAGAUGAGGCUCAGGAAGUCAGGCCUGCGAUUGACGUAGACGCUGAGAUAGAAGAGCUACUUCCACCUGAUCAAGUUGAAGCAAUUAAAUCAGGUCUAGGAAGCUUGGAAUUGGAACUCGCGGUGUCUGAAUUAUUAGACAAGAACAAACGCGCACUGCGGAGGCUGCAAGAGCUGCAGACAGAGAGACUAAUGGCCGACGGAGGAGGUUCUAGCACCCCUCAAGAAGGGUCUGAGGAAUGGGAUACAGGUACGAGUCUAGUCCUAUCUUCUGAUUUGCUUGCCCAUCUUGACAUGUAUUCUCUAGCCCAAGCAAUUCUCGACUCUCUAACCGCACUUGCUUCUUUACGCCCUCGGUCAUCAAAACACGAGGAUGCUCCGCUCAUCCCUUCACCGGCUAUCCUACACGCUCUACAUCGCACCUUACCCCUUUCGCCUUCGCCUGGUUGGUAUGGUAAUCUUCCUCCAGGUAGGACCACAGUCAUACGGGACGACAACACCAUGAGGGUCAAGCCAAAUGUUCCUCCCCCUUCUACGCCUGUUCCUACUCCGACCCCCGCAGUAUCUACAACUCCGGCAGUUUCAAAUUCCGGAUACGCUGGGUACUCCUACUCUGCAUAUCCGGGUACACCCGCGGCGCAACAGAACCAGCAGAAUCAGUACCGUCCCGGAACCGCCAACACGUAUAUGUACAAGCCCCCUACGGCUUCCGGUGCCACUUCGUAUUACCCCAAUUCCUAUUCGUACCAGCACUUAUACGCACAGCCGGGACAGACAGCAUAUACACCCGCUUCUGGAGCUGGUACUACCGCGUACAGUUCGUGGUAUACAGCCUAUGCCCCUCAGAACGCCACGACAGUGCCCGCGGCUGCGACUCCGGCGGUAAAUGGGUCUGGGUCUGGGUCUGGAUCCGGAGGAAGAAGCACCCCAGCUACUCCUCAGUUCGCACCGUCAUACAGCUCGUUCUUUAAUAACGGUUCUUCCCUCGCUGCCGCUGCCGCUGCGACUGUUAACUGGUCUGCAGCCUCAACGCAGGCACGUCCUCCUGCCGUAGCCAAUACGGUAUUGAAACCGGGUCAGUGGAAUGCUUCGUCUUCUGCCGCUUCUCCCUAUUCCGCGAACACACCUUCGCCGGCUACGCCUACGUUGCCGUCGCAUCUCAGGGGUCAGAGUCAGAAUCAUCCAUCAAUUCAGAACGGUGUAGCACAAUUGCAGGCACCGUUGGGUCAGCAAAGUAAUUUUUCUGCGUAUCAACCAGGUACUACUGUGCCUUUCACCCCUGCGGCGACAACGUCUUCGGCAAAAUAA